AUGGUUUCAUUUAAAAACUCUAGUGACGCAUCUCCAAAAGUUAACAACAAUGACUUAUAUGACUUAGCAACUGAUCAUAAUUUCAUUGCACCAAAUGAACGAUUUCCUAGUGCUAUUGGUUUACUCUCUGUUUUGAUGAAUAGACAUAUUAUAGAUGCAUCCUUUUCAAAAUUAUAUCAACAAGGCCUACAAAUUGGUUGGGAUAAUCUAUUCAUACAAGAAGGACAAAAGUUGAAACCAAAUGAUGUUUCUGUUUUGAAAUGUUUUGUUUUAAAUCGAUUAUUAUAUGAAUAUUACAAAGACUCGAACUUAUUUAAUCAACAAACAAAAGCUUUAUAUGAUGAAAUCAAAUCACGUAUGAUUCGAGACUUUGCACAAUGGACACCACAAGAUCUAUUUAAUGAAGUUCGACAUUGGCAAGAUAUGCAAUGUCGACGACGUCUAUUCUAUUUUCAUCCUCAAGAAACUGCACCACUACCAGGUUUAUUAAUGUUACAUAAAGCUGCGACUAAUUGGUGUCAUUGUUUAAUAAAAUAUUAUCAACAAAACAAGAAACUUUGGGAAACAGAAGGACGUAAACAUUUUAUAGAACAAUUUAAACACUCAUUUAUUAUUGUUGCUCAGCCAACAGGUUCAGAGGGUGCGGCAGUUACUCAAUAUAUUAAAAAUGGAUUUAGUCAUACGGCGAAAUUACACUCACGUAUUAUCUGUUUGUUAGAUCCUGAUAUUCUUGCAGAUUAUAUAGAACUAUCACAUAUAGAUGUAAUGCUUUAUCCAUUGAAUCGAGAAGCAAAUAAUAAACAAGAACAACAACCAUCAAUCGAAUGGGAAAAAAAAGAUGUAAUGAGUGCUGAAGGUGUUCCAGUAUCAAUUUAUUUUGCUGAAACUAACACACUAGAACUUGGAAAUUUUGAUUCUGUAUAUAAACGUCUUUCAUUUAAUUCAACGCUUUGUCAAUUGGAAUUUCGAAUAAAAAUAAAAAUAAAAGAUCCACAAUUUGAAGAAAUGAUUACAUUCACUUCACAACCAUUUGGUAUUUGUUCUCAUGGACAAUAUUUUCCAAAAUUUCUUGCACAAAUAUUUCUUUAUGAGAUGAAACAAAUUUUGAAUAAUAACAAUGAGGUAACAGAUCCUGAUAUUAUUACUGAAUUCAUUCGUCGGUAUUAUAUACGUAUGACGGGUGUUGAAUUACUCGAUCAUACGAGUCUAUAUAUUCGACAAUUGUUUACACAACCAAUCAAUGAUGUGAAAAGUACAAUGACAACUAAUACUGCAGAUAAUAUAUAUGAAGAAAUUUUAGCUAAAAUUAUAAGUCAAAUACAUUUUUUGGUUUUACAUCCGGUUUUAGCACUAAUGUAUAAUGAUAGUCUUUUCCUUGGUAUAUGCAAUGGUCUUGAAGUAGAUAAAUUGCUAAAUGGUACUCAAGAACAACCUCAUUUGUUGUUACGUUUUAAUACUCUUAUACAUCAUCAAUGGAAUUCAAAUGCUAUGGUUCAUUUUAUUGUUCAUGAUGGUAGACAUGAAAUAAAAAUUUGUUUUUUGAAUGAUAAAUAUUCAUCACAUUUAUAG